UUUUUUUUCUUUUUUUUUUUUUUAAGCAAGAAAAAAAACCCCCCCUCCCUCAAGGUCUAUUUUAUUUUAUACAGAAUGGCUAGUAUCAGUGCUGCUUUAAAAACUCGUGUUCGUCGUCCUCAACUUUUGAAUAAGGUGAUGAAGGCUGAAGAAACUCUUAAAUUCUUUAAACCUGGACAAUAUCUUGGUUGGUCUGGUUUUACAGGUGUUGGAUAUCCAAAGAUGAUUCCUAUUGCUUUAGCUGAACACGUUGAAAAAAAUAAUCUUCAAGGUAAAAUGAAAUUUAACCUCUUUGUGGGUGCCUCUUCUGGUGCUGAAUGUGAAGAUCGCUGGGCUGAACUUGAUAUGAUUGAUCGUCGUUAUCCUCAUCAAGUUGGUAAGAAUAUCAAGAAGGGUAUUAAUGAAGGUCGUAUUCGUUUUGCCGAUAAACAUCUUUCCAUGUUCCCUCAAGAUCUUGUUUAUGGCUACUAUACAAAGGAUAAGCCUGGAAAUAAGCUUGAUAUUGUCAUUAUUGAAGCUACUGCUAUUACUGAAGAUGGUUGGAUUGUUCCUGGUGCCUCUGUAGGUGCUACUCCUGAAUUAAUUCAAAUGGCAGAUAAGAUUAUUAUUGAAGUAAAUACCCGUAUUCCUUCGUUUGAAGGUCUUCAUGACAUUAACAUGAGUACACUUCCACCUAAUCGUAAACCUUAUUUAAUUAUGAACACAGAAGAUAGAAUCGGAACAACUGCUAUUCCUAUUGAUACUGACAAGGUAAUUGCUGUCGUUGAAAGUAACCGACCUGAUAAGACAGGUGGAAACACACCUGCUGAUGAAAAAUCAGAAGCUAUUGCAAACCAUCUUAUUGAAUUCUUUGAACAAGAAGUCAAAUAUGGUCGUCUCCCCGCUAAUUUGUUACCCCUCCAAUCUGGUAUUGGUAAUAUUGCUAAUGCUGUCAUUGGUGGUUUAGCAAAGUCACCAUUUAAGAAUGUUACAGUAUUUACUGAAGUAUUACAAGAUACCUUCCUUGAAUAUUUUGAUUCUGACAAACUCAAAUUUGCUAGUGCAACCUCUAUUCGUUUCUCUCCUGAGGGCUUUGAUCGCUUUUAUGAUAACUGGGAGAAAUAUAAAGAUAGAUUAUUAUUAAGAUCACAACAAGUUUCCAAUUCCCCUGAAAUCAUUCGUCGUUUAGGAUGUAUUGCCAUGAAUACACCUGUUGAAUUUGAUAUAUAUGGACAUGCUAAUUCCACUUUAGUAUGUGGUUCAGGUAUGUUGAAUGGUUUAGGUGGUUCAGGUGAUUUCUUACGUAAUGCGAAAUUGAGUGUCAUGCAUUCACCUUCUACGCGUCCUUCAAAGAAAGAUCCUCAUGGUGUCUCUUGUGUUGUCCCUAUGUGUUCUCAUGUAGAUCAAACUGAACACGACUUGGAUGUCUUUGUCACUGAACAAGGUUUGGCCGAUCUUCGUGGUCUUUGUCCUCGUGAUCGUGCUCAAGUCAUCAUUGACAAUUGUGUCCAUCCCGAGUAUAAGGAUCUAAUUCAAGAUUACUUUGAUAUGGCUACUAAGAAAUGUCUUGCUGAAGGUAGAGGUCAUGAACCUCAAUUACUUGAUAAAGUCUUCAAGUUGCAUACCAACCUGUUAGAAAAUGGUACCAUGAAGAUUGAUUCAUGGUAAAAAAAAAGAAAGAAAGAAAAAAAAAUGGUUUUCAAUGUGUUUAUAAAGUGAUAUUAUUAUAUAUAAUUCUCUCUCUCUCUCUCUCCCCCUUUC